AUGUUGUCAGUUGGAAGGAUCAGAUGGUGUUUUUGGGCUCCUCUGCUGCUACAAGCCCUGGUUCCCCUUUCUUCCUCCAAUGCACAGGAGCAGGCUCCAGCCCCAAGGCGGCUAAAGUUCAAAGUUCUCAGCCCAAACAAACUACUUGUCACAUGGAAGGAGCCUAAAGGAGACUUUGACAGCUACCUGUUCACCUACAGCACUUCAGACGGUCAUCAAAAGGAGAUUGCUGUACCUAAGACGCAGCACCGGGUCAUAAUAACAGACUACAGCCCGUCCAGCCAUUACACUGUGAGCGUGACUGCGGUCAGUGGCAGCCUCCACAGCAGAUCGCUACAGGCCACAUAUAAAGGGGAGAGGGACGAUGGCAGGGACCAGAGUGAACCCCAAAGGCUAACAGAAGGAGUGGUGCUUCCUGAUGAAGCCAAUGAGAUUUCUGGAGUGGACCAGUUUGUUUGCCGUACUGAGGCCAUAGCCGACAUUGUCAUUCUUGUUGAUGGCUCGUGGAGCAUUGGUCGACUCAACUUCCGACUGGUUCGAAUGUUCCUGGAAAACCUAGUCAAUGCUUUUGAUGUGGCCUUUGACAAGACAAGAAUAGGCCUUGCUCAGUACAGCGGAGAUCCGAGAAUAGAGUGGCAUUUGAACACCUACCGCACUAAAGAAGCAGUUAUUGAUGCUGUCAAGAAUCUACCCUACAAAGGUGGAAACACUCUCACAGGUCUUGCUCUGACCUACAUCUUGGAAAACUGCUUCAAACCGGAGGCUGGUUCUCGAGUCGGUGUACCUAAGAUUGGGAUCCUCAUUACGGACGGAAAAUCUCAGGAUGAUGUUGUACCGCCCGCUGAAAGUCUGCGAGAUGCGGGAGUGGAGCUGUUCGCUAUCGGUGUCAAAAAUGCGGAUGAGAAUGAGUUGCGGUCCAUUGCCUCUGAGCCUGACACUCAUGUUUACAAUGUGGCGGACUUCAACGUCAUGAGUUCGAUUGUGACUGGACUGACCAGGACUGUGUGUGAACAAGUGGAGCAGCAAGACAAGGAUAUCAAACUGAAACAUGUCCCAGAGCCUGUGGGGGCUCCUCUAGACCUGGAGACAUCAGAGGUCACGGCUCGCAGCUUUCGGGUUUCCUGGAGGCAUGCUCCUGGAAACGUGGAGAAGUACAGAGUGGUGUACUCUGCUCAGGAGGGAGAGCUUCAGGAGGUCAUUGUGGAUGGCACUGAAACAUCUGUGUUGUUGGAGCACCUUAGCUCCUCCACUGAAUACCAGCUGGCAGUGUUUGCUGUUUAUGAGAAUGAGGGGAGUGAAGCCCUGAGAGGAACAGAAACUACCUUGGCUCUUCCCGCAGUGACUAUCCUCCAGCUCUUCGAUGUUACUCACAGCUCAAUGAGAGCGAGAUGGAACAGUGUGGAGGACGUCUCAGGAUACAUGAUUUUAUAUGCACCGAUUUCUUAUGACCCCGAAGUGAAUGAAAAAGAGGUGAAAGUAUCAGAUGCAGUGACAGAGAUAGACCUGGAUGGACUGACUCCUCAAACUGAAUACACUGUUACUGUAUAUGCCAUGUUCGGAGAUGAAGCCAGCGAGCCAAUCACAAAUCAGGAAACUACAUUGCCGCUGAGUCCACCAAGUAAUCUCCAGUUCUCUGAUAUCACUCACAAUUCGGCGCGCCUCAGCUGGGACCCUGCCCCGGAUGGAGUCAAAGGAUACCGCAUUUCAUGGGAAAAAACAGAUGCAGCAAUAACAGAGGAGGUGGUCGUGGGCCCCGUGACCACAUAUGACCUCGGUGAACUGACAUCUCUAAUGGAAUACUCCGUGGCCAUCUUUGCAUUAUACGACGAAGGCCAAUCAGAGCCUCUCACUGAUGCAUUUACUACUCCUCCUGUCCCCGGCCCCCUGAAUCUGCGCUCCAGUGAUAUUUCAGCGGACAGUUUCCAGGUCAGCUGGGAUCAUUCAGCCAGUGACAUCGUCCUUUACCGUCUCUCUUGGGCUCCUUUCAUCGGUGGAGACACCAAAGAGGUGAUCCUGAGUGGCAGCGAUAACAAGUACCUCCUCUCAGGUCUCCGUCCAUCCACAGAGUACGAGGUGAUGUUGACAGCUGUUUUUAAUGAUGAGUCUGAGAGCGACACUGUUUCUCUGAUAGAAAACACAUUGGCCUUGACAACAACUAUUGCUGCUACAACCGCAGUGUCCCGGCAGGCGGUUAAAAACCUUUAUUUGAGUGAUGAGACCACCGAGAGUUUGGAGGCAUCAUGGGAGCUGGAAGACUCCCGCGUGGAAAGCUUUAAGGUGUCAUACGCUGCCCUCAGAGAGGACCAACAAGAGGAAACUGUGUUAGUUCCUGGCGGUCAAAGGACAACUGUGCUACAAGGUCUAUUAGCGGACACACAAUAUAAAGUGACAGUAACUCCAGUGUACAGGAAUGGAGAAGAAGGCAUUACUGUGGCUUCUCUUGGCACAACAUUGCCUUUCUCAUCCCCGACUAACCUGCGCGCUUCAGAGGAGUGGUACAACCGCUUCAAGAUCUCAUGGGAUCCUUCACAGUCUCCAACAGAGGGAUACAGGAUCGUCUACCAGCCCAUCUAUGUUUCUGGGCCAGUUUUGGAGACAACAGUUGUUGAAGAUGUAAAUUCUCUAGUUCUCCUUAACCUCCUCCCAGGGACAGAGUACAGUGUCCAGCUGACUGCCUCCUAUUCCACUGGACAAAGCGAACCUCUGCUAGUUAAUGCAAAGACAUUGUCCCUUGGAGUGUCAGGCUUGUCGACCUAUCAGGUGCGUCCCAACAGUAUGUGUGUGCAAUGGCAGCCGCUGCUACACGCCUCUUCAUACCGAGUCUCUGUACAAUCUACCCUCAAUGGGCAGAGGCAGGAGGUGAGCCUGGGGGGUGGGGAUUCGCGUCAGUGUUUCUAUGACCUCACUCCCAGCAGCCAAUACCAGAUCAGUGUUUUCACACAGCUGCAGGAGCUGGAAGGGCCCGCUGUCUCCAUCACUGAUAUGACAUUGCCUGCUCCGACUCAAGCCCCAACUGAGCCUCCAGUCACCGAGCCCCCGCCCACCAUCCCACCUGCCAAAGAAGUGUGUAAGGAGGCAAAGGCUGACCUGGCGUUCCUGGUGGAUGGUUCCUGGUCCAUUGGAGACGACAAUUUCCUGAAGAUCACACGUUUCCUGUAUAGCACCAUGGGUUCGCUUGAUCUGAUUGGACCUGAUGGCACCCAAGUGGCCAUUGCUCAGUUUAGCGACGACGCUCGGACAGAGUUCCAGCUGAGUUCCCAUAGCAACAAGGAAGCGCUGCUGGAAGCCAUUCAGAAAAUUAGAUACAAGGGAGGAAACACCAAGACAGGUCGAGCCAUCAAACAUGUCAAAGAGUCGAUCUUUACCACAGAGGCUGGGGCCAGAAAGGGCGUUCCUAAGGUUUUAGUGGUUCUCACAGAUGGACGCUCCCAGGAUGAUGUCAACAAAGUGUCAAAAGAGAUGCAGAUGGAGGGAUAUAUUAUCUUUGCCAUUGGCUUUGCGGAUGCUGACUACGGCGAAUUGGUGAAUAUCGCCAGUAAACCCAGUGAUAGACAUGUCUUCUUUGUUGAUGAUUUGGACGCUGUGAAGAAAAUAGAAGAACAGCUUAUAACAUUCGUCUGUGAAGCUGCUACUGCCACCUGUCCAUCAGUUUUGAUGAGUGGUAACACGUUGGCAGGUUUCCGUAUGAUGGAGAAGUUCAGUUUAGUGGAGAAAGAGUACAGCACUAUUCCUGGUGUUUCUUUGGAGCCGGGAUCAUUCAACAGCUUUCCUUGUUACCGCUUACACAGAGACGCACUGGUGUCCCAACCAACCAAGUACCUCCACCCUGAAGGACUGCCCUCUGACUACACCAUUUCUAUGAUGCUCCGACUGCUGCCUGAGACCCCACAUGAGCCAUUUGCAUUAUGGGAAAUUCUGAACAAAAACAAUGACCCGUUGGUUGGAGUCAUUCUUGACAAUGCAGGAAAAACAUUGACUUUCUUCAACCAUGACUACAAAGGGGACUUCCAGACGGUCACAUUUGAGGGAGUUGAAAUAAAAAGAAUCUUUCAUGGAAGUUUUCAUAAGCUCCAUGUUACUGUGAGCAAGACCUCUGUAAAGGUAGUCCUUGAUUGUUCACUGAUUGGUGAGAAACCAGUUAAUGCAGCGGGUAACAUCACCACAGAUGGAGCUGAGGUCCUGGGACGUUUGGUCAGAUCUCGAGGAAGACGGGACAGCUCUGCUCCGUUUCAGCUCCAAAUGUUUGACAUCAUCUGCAGCACGUCCUGGGCCAGCAGAGAUAAGUGCUGUGAACUGCCAGCUUUGAGAGUUGAAGAGGAGUGCCCCGCAAUGCCUCAUGCCUGCACCUGCUCUCAGGACAGUAAAGGACCCCCAGGGCCCACUGGACCACCUGGUGGUCCUGGCAUUAGAGGAGCCAGGGGAGACAGAGGAGAGCCAGGAGUGACGGGACCACAGGGACCUGUAGGAGAGAGUGGACCUCCAGGACCCUCCGGACCCCCUGGCCCGCAAGGACCCAGUGGACUCACUAUUCAGGGCCCUCCGGGGCCAAUUGGUCAGAAAGGAGAUGUCGGUGAGGUUGGACCAGCCGGAUCAAUGGGUGUCCCUGGAGGUCCUGGAACACCUGGACGAGACGGUCCCCCAGGUCCAAGGGGUCUUCCCGGCAAUACUGGACCACAGGGGCGACAAGGACCUCCUGGACCGUCUGGACCCCCAGGAGCCCCCGGAGCUCCAGGCCCAGGGGGGUCUUCUGGUUCACCUGGAGAUCAAGGACUCCCGGGUCCUGCUGGUACCAAAGGUGAUAAGGGAGAAAGAGGAGAUGUUCCGUCUCAAGCAGCCAUCCGUGCCAUCGCCCGACAAGUGUGCGAACAACUCAUCCAGAGCCACCUGUCCCGGUAUAACACCAUUCUGAACCAGAUCCCCCAGGCCUCGGUGUCAGUACGGACAGUUCCUGGACCUCCGGGAGAACCAGGCAGAAGAGGACCCCCAGGACCACAGGGAGAGCAAGGACCGCCUGGCAGGCCUGGUUUCCCCGGCACCGGUGGACAGAACGGGCGACCAGGAGAGAGAGGUCCAGCUGGAGAGAAAGGAGAUCGGGGAAAUCCAGGUGUGGGUAACCAAGGCCCCCGUGGACCACCGGGACCCCCAGGUGUGCCAGGUGAAGGGCGAACAGGCAGCCAAGGUCCCACAGGUCGCCCCGGCAGCCCAGGGACCCCUGGUCGACCAGGAAACCCAGGCAGUCCGGGACAGGCCGGAACCCCGGGAUACUGUGAUCCAAACUCCUGUAUGGGCUACAAUGUUGGAGGUCAACAGGACUAUGGGAAUGAUUACUGAGAACAACUGUAGCCCUCUUCACC